AUGCGCCUGCCAGCCGGUCGCCUGCGUUGCAGAAUCUGCCACGGGUCACCACCUGCGCCAGGGUACGGGGUGCGGCCCUCGCGCCGCUCCCCGUCCCAGCUGUCCGUGCUUUGGCCCGCCGCUGCUGCGCCCGCGGGUGAUCAACGAGCCUUCCGCCGCUCGGCGACACCGCCGCCGUCCGUCGUUUGCACGUCACCAAAUAAUAAUGUCACUGCUGCGCUUCAGUGCUCCACCGGACGACCCCGCCGUCGAUGCCGCCAGGAUUGGGCGUCGCAGCCGAAAGCCGCUCGUGUCGGACUCGGGCGCCUCCGCUGGAGCGGCGCGGGGUGGGGGAAGGCGCGCACGCUUCCGGAGGCAGCGGCGUUCUGCCGGCUAGUAGCCGCCGCGACCGCCGCGCCGACCUCGACACACAGCGCCCGCAGAUGCCGUGGCGGCCCGCAGCACCUCCAGCCGCGCGUGCUGCUGGAGCAGCCGAGCUGCGGCGGCGAGCCGGUGACCGUGGUGCUGCACGGCGUCGAGGCCGAGGACAUGCGCCGGCUGCUGGAGCUCAUGUACCGCGGCCGCACGCACGUGCCGGCCGGCGAGCUGCCGCGCUUCCUGGACACGGCGGCGGCGCUGGGCGUGCGCCUCUUGCAGUCGGCCGCGCUGCGCGUCUGCGCUGCCGCUGACGGCGGCGCCGACGCAGCCGCCGACGCCGAGGCGACGCCAGAGCCACCGGCCGACGCCAGCCCCAACGUCCCGCUGACACCCCCCAACGGCGAGGCUACGCAGUCCGCGCCUCUCAGCGACGACCUGCGCAUGGAGACAAAUUACCCGUCAGAGAAAGUCAUCAACGAGACUGCCGAACUUCUGACAAUGGGAAGCACACCGAGUUGCACGAGUGUCUCACCCGUCAGCCAGUCGCAAGACUCGUCCAUUGACGGUCACCAGGCUGACGACGCAGCAGCCGACGGCCCGGGCGCCUGCGCCAUGCCGCCCCCGGCGCUACCGCCACUGCCGCCCGCACCUCUGCCACCACCGCCACCACCUUUGCCCGUAUCCUCUCUGCCACCGACUGCUGACGGCCUGCGCCUUUCGCCACCAGUACUCCCCGUUCCCCUUCCACAACAGCCCUCCACGGUGGACUGGUCCCACGUGCCUCCGCCUCCGCAGACGCAUCUCCCGGGAGUGAGCUUCCCUCGGCUGCGAGAGCGCGUGGAGCCGACCUCUACGGAGCUGGGCCCACCCGUCCAGAGGCGGGGCGACUCGGACACAGGCUGCGACUCCGGCUACUCGACACCGGCCAGCGUCGCCAAACACGACACGCCGGCUCCGAUGGCCACCGCCCACGCCGACAGUUCUCUCCAGGGUCACGUAGCGCCCGGCAGCAAGCCCCACGGGGCGGAUUGCCGCUACGACGCUAAUACGCCCGCCUCCCAAGCAGAAAAGUUUACUGGAUUGUGGGUUAAGUCGGAUGACCAAGAUGGCUCCAUCCACCAUUCGCCUCAGCCAAGAGUCCCUCCCUGGGAAACGCAACCGUAUUCGUUGCCCCUGCAACAUCAGGUUAAUUCCAAAGAUGAGGCCACUCCAUUGAAAGAGCCCACCAGUGGGGGAUUCCCAUCGUCGGAUGCCCCCGACCACGAGCAGCAACAGCGCGCCCGCUUCAGCCCCCCGGACGGCCGCCCCCGCUACGCUGCGCAUCCACCACCCCCCGUCCCCGCCCCCGGGCCCACCACCGCCGCUGGUAGGGCGCAGCCGCCCUGGAGCCCCACGUCGGCAGCGCUGGUGAAGCAGCUGGAGGAGGUCUCCCUGACGCAGCGGCCGGCCGUCCAGGCCAGCAGCCCGCCGCGCGUCUUCACCGAGUUGCUGCCGCCCGAGACAGGCUCCCAGACCAGCGACGGCGCGUCGUUCGCCGUGUCCUCCACAGACGAGCGGCAGGACAACCAGCGUCCCGAACUCAAACACGAGCGCAGCACGAAGCCUGCCUACGGGGCAAGCGACGAACCACCACUUCAGACGCAGUCGCCACUCCUGCCCCAAGAUCAGCAGCGACAAUUCUUUGAGGAAAACGCCCCAGAUGAUCCCCCAAAAUCGAAAUCAAAGGACGGAAAGGAAAAUAUUUGCGAGACAUGCUGCAAGAAGUUCGCGACACGUUAUUCGCUCAAGGUACACGAACGUACGCAUACGGGAGAAAAGCCGCAUUUGUGUACCCAGUGCGGGAAGCGUUUCAGCCAGCGUCGAAAUUACCGCUACCACCUGUCGCUACACUCUGGCUCGAGAGAAUUCGAGGCGUCGUGUCCAGAGUGCGGCAAGGUGUUCAGCGACCGGGGCUACCUGAGCUCGCACAUGAAGAUCCACCGCGACCAGCGCGAGUACGCUUGCACCGAGUGCGGAAGACGAUUCAACCAGCGCGUCGCCUACAACAUGCACAUGCGCACACACUCUGGCGAGCGGCCGCACCGCUGCAACGUCUGCGAUAAGGCCUUCUCCCGCAAGGUGCUGCUCAGCCAACACAUGCGCACGCACACGGGAGAGAAGCCCUUCGUCUGUCAGGUGUGCGGCAAGCGGUUCUCGGACCGCAGCAACAUGGCGCUGCACGCGAAGUCCCACUCGGGCCUGCGGCCGUACCUCUGCGCGCACUGCGGCUGCAGUUUCUCCAAGAAGGACCACCUGCGCGCACACGUCGCCUGCCACGUGGGCGCCGUCGCCGCCGACGAAGGCCUGCUCUCCCCGUCCGACGAGUCGCCGCCGCCGCCCGCCGCCGCCGGCCCGCCGCGCAUCACCAGCGUCAUCAUCAGCACGGCGCCCUCCGUCGUGCCUGCCACCACCGUCACCUCCCUACCGCCACUCCCACAGCCGCCCCUGCAGCCGCCGCCCCCGCCGCCGCCGCUGGCGCCACCACCGCCUCUGUCGAUCUCGCUACCACCGCAAAACAUCGCAGCAUCACAGUUCGCCGUCACAUAAUCGUGUCCGAGCGACUCACCUAAGCAUCGAGAGAAAUUUCGUCGAGAACUCUGUUCACUGUCCUUCUCUCAGGCACACAUUCAUGCGUGAUACGGCGCUGGAUCAAUCAUUCACCUCGCAAUGCUACGACUACGCUGGUAGCGAAAAUCGACAAAACCGACAUGAAGACCUAAAAAAUGUUGAACAUUAAGAUGUAAAAUGAAAAAUAUUCGUGUAUUCAGCGCCGUACUGAGCCAACAACUUGCGUCAUGGUAAUUUGCUAGAAAAGGAAGUUCACCAUUGCCAUCUUCUUAUCAUGAGAACAACAGCAAAGGUAUAUUGUGAAUGAGUGUAAACUGUGUUAGUGCGGAGUGAUUUCGAGAUUUACAGGUACAUAUGGAAACAUUAGGUAGCAAGGUGUUGAACUCUGAAGGAAUAACAUAGAUUCUUCUUCACAUACCUCACUAAAUAGCUUUAACGUCUACGACAACCAACACCUUCCUAUGACGUUAGGAAAAAAAGAAAGCUAAUUAGAAGCUCUGAUCAACUGCCCCUUGUCGCAGUACGUGACCAGUUACCGUCUAGUACUGAGAUGCGAGCAGUACAUUCACUGGUUAAGAGGUAAAACUUACAUGUCAUUUAACAGAACGCUAGGGACGACGAAAAUCAGAUAUGAAUUCACAAAACCUCAGAGGAGUGAAACUCAGAAAGUAACUAGAAAGCGGGGGAAGAAAAACAAAAGGAAUUAUCAACACAUGAUGUAUGGACACCAGUCAGCACACACCGACUAAAGAACGCACUGGAAUCAGCAGCAAGUAUUGUAGCCGAACAGUUCAUGGUAUUCACACUUCAUCACUACGUAAUAUUCUUCUUUAUUUAAAUGAAACAUUGCUGUAUUAUCGUGUGUUUCAUAUUCCUGUAUUCGCGCAUUUUCUUCUUCAUCGAUAUUUGUAAUGUCAAUAAAACAACGUAAACUUUUCGCAAUUCACAGUAUCUUAAUCUGGGUCUGUGAAACAAUAUCUAUAAAGUUAGCCACAGUGGAAAUCGUACCAUUCUUUGGUGGUGUUAUAACCACAGUAACAGUUCCUUGCUUAUUUCAAAGUGUACGGUUAUCAAGCAGAAUUAUUUGCUCAUUGCUUUGCACACGUUCUUGAUACUCGAAUUUGAGGAUACUGUCGUGUGUAAGUUUCAUUUGCUAUCACAUGAACUACUUAAAUUAAUUCAUAAUGUUUUGAGACGAGUGUAUAUGCUGAAAGUCUCAUUUAAUAGGAAAAUCAUCUUCACAUAAAGAACUUAAAACAUAUUAACUUCUGCGAAGUUCUUCUGAUGAUUGUUAUAUUACGUUAUAAACAACAACUCUGAUCACAUGAAGACUGAGAAGGGAUCAAUAAACUCAACAUCAUGUAAGAAAAAAGUUAAAAUAAAUUAUUUUUAUUCAAUUCGCGAAAUACGGAUCGUGUAAUGUACCUGCAAUGAAAAACUGAACUUGAUGUUGUGUCACUAUUAGAAUAGAAAACGAUAUAUUAUGUCACAAAAGGUCGUUGUACAUAUGCUUCAAAGAAGAAAUGAAAUAAAAUUGUAAAGAGUUUCGUACCUUUACGUUUUCCAGUU